AUGCCUUCAACGGAGAAGAUAUAUGGCGCCCAACCACAUUUGCCACCCGCAUCGGGCAACUUGGCGGCCGAAAAUGAACAUGAACAUGAACAUGAACACGAACAACCCAAAAAAAGAAUCAACGGUGGCCUUGAUGCGUGGUUAAAUGUCCUUGCUGGCUUCUGUGUUUUCGUGAACUCUUGGGGCCUGCUAACGACAUAUGGCGCCUUUCAAGAGUAUUACCAGACAGAACUUCUACCAAAUGAGACACCAUCUACGAUCUCAUGGGUGGGAAGUAUUCAAGCAACUCUAAUCCCAAUGGUUGGUCUUGCUACGGGGCCAUUGGUUGAUGUCGGAUAUCUGCGCCCUCUAAUUAUAUCCGGAAGUUUCCUGACUGUAUUCGGAAUGAUGAUGACCAGUCUCGCUACUUCGUACUAUCAGGUAUUGCUGGCGCAAGGAUUCUGCGUCGGAAUGGGAGGCGGCAUUUCCUACAUCCCAGCCCUCGUCGUGAUCUCCACAAGUUUCACCACAAAACGACCAAUAGCCAUCGGCUGCGCAUCAAUUGGGUCCAGCGUUGGGGCUGUAAUUUUCCCAGUCAUGUUCCGACAACUCCAGCCCAGGAUCGGGUUCCCAUGGGCAGUCCGUUGCAUCGGCUUCAUCAGCCUAUUCCUUGCUAUUAUAUCAUGUCUAAUCUUAUGUCGGCAACCGGGCCAAAGGGCCCAUGCAAGAAGCCUUAUCGACUGGAGGGCCUUCCGUGAGCCCUCGUUUAUGAUGUUCUCGCUAUCGCUUACGUGUGUGAUGCUCGCCUACUAUGUACCCAUUUUCUAUAUCGCCUCCUAUGCCCGCACGGUGGUGCAUACCACUACCGAUUUCAGUUUUUAUAUGGUUGCUAUUGUCAACGGCACGUCGGUUAUUGGUCGUGUUGUUCCGUAUCUGCUUGUCGCAUAUAUCAAGCCUAUUGGGAUCCUGAUAUUUUCCGUGACUGCGUCGGCCAUUGCUAUGUUCACUUGGAUUGCAGCUACCGAUAUGGCUGGUUUUAUUGUCUGGGCAUGUUACUGGGGAGCUCUCAGCGGUGUUUUGGUUACGGCGCCGACUUCCAUUGUGGCACAUCCGGUUUUCUGUCAGGACUCGAGCUUUUUGGGGACUCGUUUGGGCAUGAUGUGGGGGAUAUCGUCUCUCGGGGCGCUUGCUGGAACUCCCAUUGCAGGAGCUUUGGUAAAUCUUGAUACCGCAGACUUUUUGCAUGCUCAGGUCUUUGCGGGAUGCAUGAUGGUUGGCGCUGUCUUGUUGCAGGUUUGGCCAACUUUCAAAGUGGUUCGGUAUGAUCUAGAGCACCCUCGUAAGAAAUGA